AUGUCAAUCGGCGGUCCUUGUCUCUGGGUGCCUUCUUUAUCGUCACCAGUUCCCUCAUCACUGUCUGCAGUCACUUCUCAUUUUUCAGCAGCUGUUCGUCACGGAGACCGGUUCUCUUCACCAAGAACUAUAUCGCCGUUCCGAAGCGUGCAAAAGGAACGAGAGCCUAGUGCCUCGGUCGGUCUUUCUAGUACCAUGCAAAGGGAUGGCUCGAAGGCUGAGAAUGCCUUGGCUCCUGCUCUGAUUCCAGGCGGUGCGGCUGGCUCUGGACCCAGCCCUGAGGGAGCAGCCCGGUCGUCGCGUGAGGCAGAGUCUCGACAGUCUCCAGCGACCAGAGGGGAUUUGCUUCCUCGAGUUAAGCUAGAAAUCCCCGGUGAUAGCUCGAACCUUUCCGAGUCUCAUACUCAUGAUGAGUCUGAUCAAUAUGGGGACGAGAUGGAUUUCGACGGAAAGGACGAGCACGAAAGAGAAUUCACCAUCAGCCCAACGGACGAGAAGGGCGAUGGAGCGGGCAGCGAUGGAGACCACAGGUCUGCCCUGGAAAAGAAGAAGAUGAAGCGAUUUCGGUUAACUCAUAACCAGACUCGCUUUUUGAUGAGUGAGUUCACUCGCCAGGCCCAUCCAGACGCUGCUCAUCGCGAGCGACUGUCGAAGGAGAUUCCUGGCUUGACACCUCGUCAAGUUCAGGUCUGGUUUCAGAACAGACGGGCAAAGCUCAAGCGUCUCACCUCCAAUGAUCGCGAGAGAGUACUCAAGUCCCGAGCCCUGCCCGAUGAUUUCGACACAACCAAGGUGCUUCGCACACCCUUCGAGAAUAAAUCAACGGGGCAAACACCCAUUGCAUCACCUCAUGAUUACGGUGCUCCUAAUCCAGACUUUGCAGCUUUGAGAGCGCUUCGCACCGAUUGUUUUCAGCGCCCCAGUGAUGACGAGUACAUGGUCUCACCUCUCAGUUCAGCGUCAACCGCAGGAACCUACAUGUCUUCUGCUGGACAGGGACGGAGUGACGGCCUUUCACAAUCCAACAUGAUGUUUAGUCGGCCAGCAGCAUCGGCAUCCAUGCAAGACCUGCACAGAACUAUCAGAAACGACUAUUCGAUUACUAGAUCUAGCAGCCUCUCAGAUGCUUCUCCUCAAGCCUCUUCUUUCCACUCCGGUUACCCUCUACACAACAGAUUUGCGGCUGCGUCAAAUCCAGUGAAUAUGCCCUAUGGACGACAGCCAAUGGAUUACGGCGUUCAUCGUCCAGGUACGCUGGUCACACCUUACGAUCAACAUCAGUCAUUCGAAGGAUCAGUUUCCCCAACAGACUCGCAAGAACCUCAAAUGACAUAUGACAUGAGUAGCCUAGGCACCCAAUCACAAAAUUAUCAAUCCCACCUCGCAAUGUCAGGACCAAAGGAUUACACUGGAAUGGGAAUAGGAUCACAAAUGUCGCAACAUGGCAGACCUAUGCCAACACUUCACUCCCUCCCCGUCUCCGCCUCCCAGGACUACAGAUCUUACCCAUAUGGAAACCCCUCGAUGGGCAACGUUCCCUAUACUCAAGCCACCAAUGCCUCAACACUGAGCCUCCCCGCAACAUAUGCUCAAUCCGACCAAGCAACAACCGCACACGACCACCUUCAACAAACACCACAUACCCUCGAAAAUAUGCGGAACAAAUUCGGCAACCCAUCAUUCAACUAUGCCAGCUAUAUUCAACAAUGA